AGGCGAAGCAUCCGCUAGACUUCAAGCUCCGCAGGUGACCCAGCCGGGGCGCCCAGUGCACUGGGCCGGGUGAGAAGCAGCGGGCUGGAGGCUCUCCCCCGCAAGCACCCCACACUUCGCUUGGUUGUCUCCCAGCCUAGGCGCUGGGCUGAGGGGACACGGUGAGCUCUGAGACGCGCAAGACUCCCGGACGGCCGGCGGCGCUCGCGGCCCUCGGCAUGUUCGGUGAGGCGAGGGUUUUCCUCCCGCCCGUGGGCUGAGGCGGCGGCACAAGCAAGAUGCAGCUGCCCGGCUCGGUUUAGAGGAGCGUCCCGACCGCCAGCGGGAGAGCUUUCGUCACCCGGCCCCGGCGACGACCGCGGGCCCCGAGCUGCAGCGACGGGUGGGCGCCCCGACAUGGCGGCCCGGAGCGCCCCGAGCUGCCACCUGCGGCUCGAGUGGGUGUACGGCUACCGGGGCCACCAGUGCCGCAACAACCUCUACUACACGGCGGCCAAGGAGAUCGUGUACUUCGUGGCUGGGGUCGGCGUAGUGUACAGCCCGCGGGAGCAUCGGCAGAAGUUCUACCGCGGCCACAGCGACGACAUCAUCAGUCUUGCACUGCAUCCUGAUCGAGUGUUGGUAGCAACAGGACAAGUUGGGAAAGAGCCUUACAUCUGUGUUUGGGAUUCCUACACUGUCCAGACUGUGUCAGUCCUGAAGGAUGUUCAUACACAUGGUAUAGCUUGCUUAGCAUUCGACUUGGAUGGACAGCGCUUGGUUUCAGUUGGACUCGAUUCAAAGAAUGCUGUUUGUGUUUGGGACUGGAAGAGGGGGAAAAUGUUGUCGAUGGCUCCUGGUCACACAGACAGAAUAUUUGAUAUUUCUUGGGAUUUGUACCAGCCAAAUAAACUCGUCAGCUGUGGUGUAAAACAUAUCAAGUUCUGGAGUUUGUGUGGAAAUGCUCUGACCCCAAAACGAGGAGUUUUUGGUAAGACAGGUGACCUCCAGACAAUAUUGUGCCUAGCCUGUGCUCGGGACGAAUUAACGUAUUCUGGUGCACUCAAUGGGGAUAUAUAUGUUUGGAAAGGAAUCAAUCUUAUACGAACAAUACAAGGAGCUCAUACUGCAGGAAUUUUUAGUAUGAAUGCUUGUGAAGAAGGUUUUGCUACUGGUGGCAGAGACGGCUGUAUUCGUCUUUGGGAUUUAACUUUUAAACCAAUUACUGUGAUUGAUCUCAGGGAAACGGAACAGGGAUAUAAAGGUUUAUCUGUGAGGAGUGUUUGUUGGCGAGGUGACCACAUUUUAGUUGGAACCCAGGACAGUGAAAUUUUUGAAAUUGUUGUGCAUGAAAGAAAUAAACCUUUCCUAAUUAUGCAAGGGCAUUGCGAAGGUGAGCUUUGGGCGCUCGCUGUUCAUCCUACUAAACCUUUGGCUGUGACUGGCAGUGAUGACCGUUCAGUCAGGAUUUGGAGCCUUGUAGAUCAUGCUUUAAUAGCGAGAUGUAAUAUGGAAGAACCAAUUCGAUGUGCUGCUGUCAAUGUAGAUGGGAUCCACCUUGCCCUUGGGAUGAAGGAUGGGUCAUUCACUGUCCUUAGAGUGAGAGAUAUGACUGAAGUUGUACAUAUUAAAGACAGGAAAGAAGCAAUCCAUGAGCUAAAAUAUUCUCCAGAUGGCACUUACCUUGCUGUUGGCUGCAAUGACAGCUCGGUUGACAUCUAUGGAGUUGCUCAGCGAUACAAAAAAGUUGGUGAAUGUGUUGGUUCAAUUAGCUUCAUCACUCAUCUGGACUGGUCUUCCGACAGUAGAUAUCUACAGACAAACGACGGCAACGGGAAGCGACUGCUCUUUAAGAUGCCAGGAGGAAAGGAAGUGACAAGUAAAGAAGAAAUGAAAGGCAUUCACUGGGCUUCAUGGACAUGUGUUUCAGGCCUUGAAGUCAAUGGCAUUUGGCCCAAGUAUUCUGAUAUCAAUGACAUAAAUUCAGUAGAUGGAAAUUAUGUUGGCCAGGUGUUAGUCACAGCUGACGACUAUGGUGUGGUAAAAUUAUUUCGGUACCCAUGUUUAAGAAAAGGGGCCAAGUUUAGAAAAUAUAUUGGCCAUUCAGCUCAUGUAACUAAUGUCAGAUGGUCACAUGAUUAUCAGUGGGUUAUUUCUAUUGGUGGAGCAGAUCACUCUGUCUUUCAGUGGAAAUUUGUUCCUGAAAGAAAAUUAAAAGAUGCUCUUCACAUAGCACCCCAAGAAAGUCUGGCUGAGUCCAACAGCGAUGACUCAGAUUCAGAUCUGUCUGAUGUUCCGGAGCUGGAUUCUGAGAUUGAGCAAGAGACACAGCUCACUUACCACCGACAGGUUUACAAAGAAGAUCUACCUCAGCUUAAAGAACAAUGCAAAGAGAAACAGAAAAGUGCUGCUUCUAAACGAAGAGAACGUGCUCCAGGAAAUAGUAUUCGGUUACACUUUAUUCAUGGUUACAGGGGUUAUGACUGUCGAAGUAAUCUCUUCUACACUCAAAUUGGUGAAAUCGUAUACCAUGUGGCAGCAGUGGGCGUCAUAUACAACAGACAGCAGAACACACAGCGCUUUUACUUGGGCCAUGAUGAUGAUAUUCUGUGUCUGGCUAUUCAUCCUUUGAAGGACUAUGUGGCAACGGGCCAGGUAGGUAGAGAUCCCUCAGUUCACGUGUGGGACACAGAAACCAUUAAACCGUUGUCUAUAUUAAAGGGCUACCACCAAUAUGGCGUCUGUGCUGUUGAUUUCUCAGCUGAUGGGAAACGCCUGGCUUCAGUUGGAAUAGAUGACAGCCACACCGUUGUGCUGUGGGACUGGAAGAAAGGGGAGAAACUUUCAGUGGCAAGAGGCAGUAAAGAUAAGAUUUUUGUUGUGAAAAUGAACCCUUAUGUGCCUGAUAAACUAAUUACGGCUGGGAUUAAACACAUGAAAUUUUGGCGUAGAGCAGGGGGAGGAUUAAUUGGAAGAAAAGGCUACGUGGGCACUCUGGGGAGGAGUGACACAAUGAUGUGUGCAGUAUACGGGUGGACUGAAGAGAUGGCCUUUUCUGGAACAUCCACAGGAGAUGUGUGCAUCUGGAGAGAUGUCUUUCUUGUAAAAACAGUUAAAGCCCACGAUGGCCCAGUGUUCAGUAUGCACGCGUUAGAGAAAGGUUUUGUAACUGGAGGAAAAGAUGGUGUGGUAGCCCUUUGGGAUGAUUCCUUUGAAAGAUGUCUCAAGACCUAUGCUAUAAAAAGAGCUGAUUUAGCCCCAGGAUCGAAAGGUCUUCUCUUAGAAGAUAACCCAUCUAUCCGUGCCAUAUCAUUGGGACAUGGUCAUAUUUUGGUUGGCACAAAGAAUGGAGAAAUACUAGAAGUGGAUAAAAGUGGUCCAAUAACACUUCUGGUCCAGGGACACAUGGAAGGAGAGGUGUGGGGUUUGGCCACACAUCCUUAUCUGCCCAUCUGUGCUACUGUAAGUGAUGAUAAAACCUUAAGAAUAUGGGAUCUCUCUCCUAGUCAUUGUAUGUUGGCAGUCCGGAAACUGAAGAAGGGUGGGAGGUGCUGCUGCUUUUCUCCCGAUGGAAAAGCUUUGGCUGUAGGUCUCAAUGAUGGGAGCUUCUUAAUGGCAAAUGCAGACACUCUAGAGGAUCUGGUGUCCUUUCACCACAGGAAAGAUAUUAUUUCAGAUAUCCAGUUCUCACCUGGUUCUGGGAAAUACCUAGCUGUGGCAUCCCAUGACACCUUUAUAGAUAUAUACAACGUGGUGAGUAGUAAACGAGUGGGGAUAUGCAAAGGAGCGACCAGCUACAUAACACACAUUGACUGGGACACUAGAGGAAAGCUUUUACAGGUCAACACUGGUGCUAAAGAGCAGCUAUUCUUUGAGGCUCCCAGAGGAAAGAAACAAGCAAUCCCCAGUGUGGAGGUGGAAAAAAUUAGUUGGGCAUCAUGGACAAGUGUACUUGGUUUAUGUUGUGAGGGAAUUUGGCCAAUAAUUGGGGAAGUCACAGAUGUAACUGCCUCUUGCCUCACCAGUGAUAAAAUGGUCCUAGCCACAGGGGAUGACUUGGGAUUCGUGAAGCUGUUUAGGUACCCAGCUAAAGGAAAAUUUGGAAAGUUUAAGAAAUAUGUGGCUCAUAGCACACACGUCACAAAUGUCCGCUGGACUUACGAUGACAGCAUGCUGGUUACCCUGGGGGGAGCAGACAUGUCCUUAAUGGUGUGGACAAAUGAAACAGAGAGCUACCGAGAAAGAAGGUCCUGUGAUAGUGAGGAGUCUGACAUAGACUCUGAGGAAGAUGGAGGCUAUGACAGCGAUGUUACACGAGAGAAUGAAAUUAGUUACACCAUCAGAGCCUUAUCAACCAAUAUUCGCCCAAUGUUUGGAGUCAAGCCUCAUUUGCAACAAAAAGAGCCAUCAGUUGAUGAGAGGCCCCCAGUGAGUAGGGCCCCACCACAGCCAGAGAAACUUCAGUCCAACAAUGUUGGCAAGAAGAAGAGACCCAUAGAGGACCUUGUGCUGGAGCUUGCUUUCGGCUACCGGGGCAGAGACUGCAGGAACAAUGUGCACUACUUAAAUGACGGUGAUGACAUAAUCUAUCACACCGCCUCUGUUGGAAUUCUGCACAACCUGGCUACAGGGACCCAGAGUUUUUAUCAGGAACAUAAUGAUGAUAUUUUGUGCCUCACUGUAAAUCAGCACCCCAAAUUUAUCAACAUAGUGGCAACUGGCCAAGUAGGUGAUUCAGCAGAUAUGUCAGCUACAGCCCCGUCUGUGCAUAUCUGGGAUGCAGUGAACAAGCAGACGUUGUCUGUACUGAGAUGCUCCCACUCCAAGGGUGUGUGCUCCGUCAGCUUCAGCGCUACUGGGAAGCUGCUGCUGUCUGUAGGGCUCGACCCAGAGCACACGGUCACCAUCUGGAGAUGGCAGGAAGGGGCCAGAAUUGCCAGCAGAGCUGGACACAACCAACGGAUUUUUGUAGCAGAAUUUCGACCAGACUCAGACACCCAGUUUGUCUCUGUGGGUAUAAAGCACGUGAAGUUCUGGACCCUGGCAGGAAGGGCUCUUCUCAGCAAAAAGGGGCUUCUGAGCACUCUGGAAGAUGCCCGGAUGCAGACGAUGCUUGCUGUUGCAUUUGGUGCAAAUAACUUGACGUUUACAGGUACCAUCAGUGGUGAUGUCUGUGUGUGGAAAGAUCACAUAUUGUGUAGAGUGGUGGCUAGAGCGCACAAUGGGCCUGUGUUUGCCAUGUAUACCACCCUGCGAGACGGACUGAUUGUAACUGGCGGCAAGGAAAGGCCGUCAAAAGAAGGAGGCGCAGUUAAACUGUGGGAUCAGGAGCUGAGGCGAUGCCGGGCCUUCAGGCUUGAGACAGGACAAGUCACAGAUUGUGUUCGGUCUGUGUGCAGAGGCAAAGGCAAGAUACUAGUUGGAACAAGGAAUGCGGAAAUAAUUGAAGUUGGAGAGAAAAAUGCAGCAUGUAACAUUUUAGUUAAUGGUCAUGUGGAUGGGCCAAUCUGGGGACUAGCAACACAUCCUUCAAGGGAUUUUUUCCUUUCUGCUGCAGAAGAUGGGACAGUGAGACUCUGGGAUAUUGCUGAUAAAAAGAUGCUAAACAAAGUGAAUUUGGGACAUGCUGCUCGGACAGUAUGUUACAGCCCUGAAGGGGACAUGGUUGCUAUUGGAAUGAAAAAUGGAGAAUUUAUUAUAUUACUUGUGAGCUCUCUAAAAAUAUGGGGGAAGAAGAGAGACAGGCGAUGUGCAAUCCAUGAUAUCAGAUUUAGUCCAGAUUCCCGGUAUUUGGCGGUGGGUUCUAGUGAGAACUCAGUGGACUUUUAUGACUUAACACUGGGGCCCACCCUUAACAGAAUCAGCUACUGCAAAGACAUUCCAAGCUUUGUCAUUCAAAUGGACUUCUCUGCAGACAGCAAACAUCUCCAGGUUUCUAUGGGCUGCUAUAAACGGCAUGUUUAUGAAGUGCCUUCAGGAAAACACCUUAUGGAUCAUGCUGUCAUUGACAGGAUCACAUGGGCUACCUGGACUAGUAUACUAGGAGAUGAAGUUAUGGGAAUCUGGUCCAGACAUGCUGAGAAGGCAGAUGUCACCUGUGCCUGUGUGUCUCACUCAGGAAUUAGCCUUGUGACAGGAGAUGACUUUGGCAUGGUUAAAUUAUAUGACUUUCCAUGCCCAGAAAAAUUUGCAAAGCAUAAGAGGUUCUUGGGUCAUUCCCCUCAUGUGACAAAUAUUCGAUUUACCAGUGGUGAUCGACACGUUGUCAGUGCCGGAGGCGAUGAUUGCAGUUUGUUUGUCUGGAAAUGUGUACAUAUGCCUCACUGAAAGGUAUGACGCUGAGAAGUCUAAACACUCUCACCUCAAGAGACCAGUUCCACGAUGGAAAAACCAAAACCAAACUGCAUGGUCAAGUGGUGCUAACUGAAGACUGACAGGGAGCGAUGUG